AUGUCGCAUAUGAAUCCUAUUUUAACCCAAGGUGAUGGAUAUGGAAUUAUUGUGGUUUUCGGUGCCUUAUUUGCUUUAGGUAUGGUUGCAGCAACUUACAUAUUGAAACGUUAUCAUGGUAAAGCAACGGAUUCCAGUGAAAACUUUUCGACGGUUAAUCGAACAGUUAAAACAGGUCUAAUCGCCUCGGCUAUUGUUUCCGCAUGGAUAUGGGCAGCCACGUUACUACAAUCAAGUUCCAUUGCUUAUUCCUAUGGUAUAUACGGUCCAUUUUGGUAUGCAAGUGGGGCGACAGUACAAAUUGUUUUAUUUUGUAUUAUUGCUAUUGAAUUAAAACGACGUGCUCCAUUGGCACACACAUUUCUAGAAGUUAUUCAUGCUCGAUAUGGCCAAAUGGUUCAUCUGGUAUCUAUUGUCUUCUGUAUUUGCACGAAUAUUCUUGUUACAGCCAUGUUAUUAACAGGAGGAACGAUUGUUUAUACAAUGUUCGGCAGAAUAAAAGCUACGUUUCUGACUGAUUACGUUCAUACAGUAGCUGUUCUCAUUAUUAUUCUAUUUUUCACAUUUGUUACAUUUACAACAUCACCACUACUUGGUUCAACAUCUAAAGUAUAUGAUUUACUUGUAAAUGCUAGUUGGUCGCAUCCUAUUGAAGGUAAUACCGAUGGAUUCUAUUUAACAAUGCGUUCUUCUGAAGGUGCUAUAUUUUUUAUCAUCAAUAUUACCGGAAACUUCGCGUCGCCAGUUUCGGCUCUGCCAGGUUAUAUACUUGGCGGAUUAUCUUGGUUCGCGGUGCCAUUUCUCUGUGCGACAACAAUGGGAUUAGCUGCGGCGGCGUUGGAGAGUAAUCUAAAAGCAAGUGGCAAGAAGCUUAUUUACAUUUCCCAUGUGUCCGUCGUCACAUUUGGUCUAAUUAUGAGUGCAGUAGCUAGUGGAUUAUAUUAUAUCAAUAUUGAUUUAGGUUAUUUAUAUUUAUUUAUGGGUGUUAUUAUCUCUAGUGCAGUCGUACCAGGUGCUUUGACUUUACUUUGGAAUCGACAAAGUAAAUGGGCUGCUUGUCUUUCUCCGGUAUUCGGUGUGAUUUGCUCUAUAACUGCGUGGUUGAUUGUAACUAAAGUCAAGUUUGGAACGCUCACUGUUCAUACUACCGGUUCUAAUACUUUUAUGUUGGUAGGCAAUAUUGUGGCUCUGUGUAGUUCAGUAUUGUUUGUCUCAAUUCUUUCGUUUAUUGCACCGGAUAAAGAAGUUUAUAAUUUCAACUCAAUGAAAGAAAUAAAACGAGAUGAUGAAGAACCUCAAAACCUUCCGAUUGUAAGUUCUGAUGAUUUAGCACGUGAACUGGCUCUACUAACGUGCCACUCAAAAGUUGCACGAAUUACCGCUGCCCUACUCAGAUUAUGUCUCAUUAUUCUUUGGCCAUGA